AUGAAGAAGUACCCCCUAUCUGCCUUUUCCAGUGCGGAUCAGACGGGGAUUAACAAAGAAUUGGAGUCGGAAAGAACGUUGGCACCGGUUGGCUCAAAGCAGGUCAUGCGAAUGGUGCAGUCUGUCUCCUCGCUCACACACUCGUUCACUGCCAUGCCAGUGAUAUAUGCAGACGGACGGCUAGGAGAGAAACCGCUCGUUAUUCUUCUCGAGAAAAAAGGCGUCUUCCCGCAGAUGGGACAUUGGCAGGCACCAAACCUGCUAGUGUUGGGGGGAAAGGCUCACAUCAUGACGAAGUCGCAAGUCCCAGCUUUCGUCAAAGAGUGUGUGGUUGGGCCAUCGUCCCCUCCACGAACAGUACUUCUUGUCGACAGCUGGGCUGGGUUUGCGGACCUUACCGAUGUGUUGUCAGAGGUCCCUGGAGACAAGGAGCUCCGUUUGAUGACUAUUCCACCGGGAGCGACUGCACUGUGUCAGCCUCUGGAUGUGUACUUCUUCCGACUCUUCAAGCGGUACAUUAGGCGGCUCCACGACCACGUGGCGCAUAAUCACCCUGACUUUACCUUCACCAGAGACAACGUUCUCAAAAUGGAAGCUUUGGGGAAGUCAUUCGUGCAACUGCUUAUUGAUAGCGAUGAAGAAGCAGACAAUGAAAAUGUUUCGGGAGCCCCUGAUGGUUUGUUCGCUGAUGCCGUUGAACCAAGUGAUGACGAAGAUAGUGAAGGGGAGUCUGACGCCGCAUUCAGCAAUCUAAUGAGUUUCUACAAGUUAUUCAUGACAGAUGAAUUGGUGAAACAAGUGAAUCCGUUAUGGAUCCGCCAAGUAUUCGUCUGUGCUCGAAGAGCAGGAGCUCUACAAGUUCUUGGCCAUUUGUUUUCAUAUGAGCAUCGAGAAGAGGUCUAG